AUGAAGAGCUUUGAAAAAGAAAUAAGAUCUUCAUUGGAGGUGGAGGAAGUCGUUGAUCUGGUGGCGAGUCUCAACCCGAGCUUGGGUACUUGUUGGAAGCUUCUGAUUAUGAGCUUGGGGUUCCCUUCAUCUUUCUUCGACUUGAGAUUUGGCUCCAUUGGAGGAGCCAUUUCUUUCGACUCCCCCGGUUUGAUGCGCAGCAGUUCAAAGAGCAGAAAUUGCCAUUUUGAUUUGGAGAUAGAGGCUGAAUCUCAAGAGAAUAAGGGAAGAGUUGCCUUUAGAAAUUGCUCAAAUUUGCUUGAAUUGGCAGCCACAGACGAUCUGGAUGGUUUUAUAUGUGAAGCAGAGGAGAGGGGUUGUGAUAUUGAUGUCAAGGUUUUCACUUAG